UAUCUCCAACCAUCUUCGAGGAGUUCCAUAAAUUUAGGGUUCCUCAUAUUUUCUGAUCAUUCCAAGUGAUUUUUUCGAUAGACCCGUUUCUGUAUUUAAGCUCUUGCUGGAUUAAUGUUUAUAUAAACAGUGAAUUGCUUUUAAUCUUCCGAAUUCAGUUCAUCUCCUCGCAGACUUCAAAAUUUAAAUUAUUGGUGUUGCAGUUCCUGAAAAUUUAGCCACUUUGAUAAGCCACCCGAAUUCAGGUUCGUUUUCAUGUCUGUAGCUUUUGUUUCUCGCUUGCGUCAAUUUUUUCUCUUUUCUGAAUCAUGAUCUCGUUGGUGGAAUAUCUUAAAAGUCGCACAAUAAAUAAAUGCUUUGGUUCUUUCAGGUUUUUAUUGGGUGUUUAUACAUAUCUCUAUAGAUCAACCAAUAACAUUUCUUCGACAUUGUGUAAACCGUGUUGGUAAUUAUCUCGGGUUUAGGCAAAAUUUCGAAUUUUAGCCUUUUUCCAAUCAGCUUUUAAGGCUGAUUCAUGAACACAAUGAUUGCUUUUUAAUUAAUGAAAAUAACAUUGAUCGAUUGUAGUUAAAAGUUAAUUCAUUUGGCUUCAAAUCUGGACCCCAAUUAUGUGCUCUGUCACGGAAUAUAUUGUGUAAUUGUUGUUCAGGAUUAUUGAGACCCUCCCUUGAAGUUUAUCUUCAUUGGAGUGGUCAAAGUUUGGAAAUCAACAUCAAAUAACUGGAUUGAAGAUGAGAAGAGCUUUUGGGCCGAUUCGAUCGGCUUUUAGAUAUCAUGGAGAUAGAAUGCCAAAUGGGGUAGCAAAAAGAUGGUCGUUAUUGAAUAUAAAUAAUGCAACUUUUGAGAAAUCAUCUUACAAAGCAUCUAUAUGCAAGUAUGGCCACCCGUGCUAUAUGUUUUCUAGAACUAUGUCUUCUGAUGCUGCUCAACUGAACUACAAAGUAGAGAGAGCAGGGCCUCUUGUGGAGUAUGAGCGAAGAAUUGGAGCUGGUGACCUUGAAGAUGGAGAUAAUUCCCAGAUAGGCACCUUAAGAGAAAUUCAAAGACUCUAUGAUGAGCUUGUUGAGUCAGCUGAUGCCUGUCGUUUGGAUCGUUAUUCUGAUUCUGGGAAAAGUGGGAGGAGAAGGUGGUUAUGGUCGCGUCUCAUGCCUCAAUCUUCAGUCUCACCAGUGAAAGGACUCUAUCUGUAUGGAGGAGUCGGCACCGGGAAAACCAUGUUGAUGGAUUUAUUUUAUGAUCAAUUGCCUUGCGAUUGGAGGAAAAAGAGGAUCCAUUUUCAUGACUUCAUGUUGAAUGUCCACACUCGCUUGCAGAGGCACAAAGGUGUGUCCGAUCCCCUUGAAGUUGUUGCAAGUGAGAUAUCGGAUGAAUCCAUUUUAUUAUGCUUAGAUGAGUUCAUGGUUAAUGAUGUAGCUGAUGCCUUAAUACUAAACCGCUUAUUUGGCCAUCUCUUUAGUAAUGGUGCUAUACUUGUUGCUACAUCAAAUCGUGCUCCAGACAACCUUUAUGAACGUGGACUGCAAAGAGAUCUUUUUCUACCGUUCAUUGCCGCACUGAAGGAAAGAUGUGCAAUACAUGAAAUUGGUUCAUCCAUAGAUUAUAGGAAAAGGACCUCGGCUGAAGAAGGUUUCUACUUCAUUAAGAAUGAUUCGUCUGAUUUCCUUAUGCAAAAGUUUAAAGAUUUGGUUGGGGAACAUACGCCUCGUCCCCAGGAGGUGGAAGUUGUUAUGGGUAGAAAACUACAGGUACCGUUGGGUGCGAAUGGAUGUGCAUAUUUUCCUUUUGAGGAACUCUGUGACAAACCUCUUGGUGCUGCCGACUAUUUUGGAUUAUGCAAGAACUUUCAUACAUUGGCUCUGGAUGGUGUGCCGGUAUUUGGUCUCCACAACAGAACAGCAGCCUAUCGGUUUGUUACUCUAGUUGAUGUGAUGUACGAGAAUAAGGCCAGGUUGAUGUGUACAGCUGAGGGGACUUCUUUUGAACUUUUUGAAAGGAUUGUGACAAUCUCUGAUGCUCAAAGUAGGGCGCCUAGAACUUCUUCAAGGUCAAGAAAGAAUGACGAUUAUGACCUUUGUGUUGACAAUGAGCUUGGGUUUGCAAAAGAUCGCACUAUUAGCAGGUUGACGGAGAUGAACAGCAGCGAGUAUCUUGAGCAACACGCGGAAAUGACAGUAGAGAAGCAACAACGUCAAACUCAAAGGGUUGAAGAUGACCACGAUCAUGUGGUACAAGCGUAGACACGGGUUUCACUUGUGAGGUUUCGUUCCGUUAACAAUAUUUCUUUAUUUUCAUUUUAUACAUCUUUUUCAUAAAGUAUGAAAAAGGGCCAAGCCUAAUUUAUACAUAACCUUCACAUUGAGUUCACAAAAGGGGGAGAUGAAUGCAUCCAUAUGUAAUAAUAUUGCAACUUUGUGAUCUUGAAAUAACAAAACCCUUUUCUUCUUGUUGCU